CCUUCUCGAGCGCGCAAACACUGAUCAUUUAAUUUGAUUUUUUGUUGUUGUUGUGUUUUUUUCUCUCCUCCCCUCCCGUCGGAUGGUGCACAGGUGCAUCCCACGGUUAACAGUCGCUCUCUGCUGAGUUGAUUAUGGUCACAACCCCCGCGGUGCCAAGGUGGAGUCACCGCGCGUAUCUCGGAUCGGUGCGCUUCUCCAGGGGCUGGGAUGCGCACCGGGCACCUCUCGCUUCCUGCCUAGUUUCGGGUCUGAGCAGGAGUCAAGCGCUGCCCCAGGGCGCCGAAACAGGAGGACCCAGUCGACCCGGAGCAGGAUGCCGGUGAUGAGGGGGCUUCUGGCCCCACAAAACACCUUCUUGGACACCAUCGCCACCCGCUUCGAUGGCACCCACAGUAACUUUGUCCUGGGAAACGCCCAGGUCCAGUCGCUCUACCCCAUCGUCUACUGCUCCGACGGCUUCUGUGAACUCACUGGUUACGCCCGGGCCGAGCUCAUGCAGAAGAGCUGUGCGUGUCACUUCCUGUACGGCCCAGAAACAAGCGACCAGUUGACGGCCCAGAUCCAAGGAGCUCUGGAUGACAGGAGGGAGUUCAAGACCGAGCUGGUUUUCUACAAAAAGGAAGGUACAAAGUUCUGGUGUCUUCUGGACAUUGUUCCAAUUAAGAAUGAAAAGGGUGAAGUGGUUCUGUUCCUUGUGUCUCACAAAGACAUCAGUGACAAGAAGAAAGACCAGACCCCUGAACAGGGACCAGACACAGAUGAAGAGACAGGACUGGAGGUCCAUCAGGUCACUCGCCCUCCAGGCUUCAAUGCCAACCGGCGUCGGAGCAGAGCGGUACUCUAUCACCUGUCAGGACACCUGCAGAAGCAAGACAAGACCAAGCUCAAAAUCAACAAUAACAUGUUUGGGGAAAAACCUCCGAUCCCCGAGUACAAAGUGGCAGCCAUUCAGAAAUCUCGCUUCAUCCUGCUUCACUAUGGAACCUUCAAAGCUGGCUGGGAUUGGUUAAUUCUCCUGGCGACCUUCUAUGUGGCCGUCACGGUGCCCUAUAAUGUCUGUUUCACGGUGGUGGGAGGAAGGGAUGAAGGGAGCACCAGUGCCCCACGGAGCCCACCCAGCGUCGGUGACAUCCUUGUAGAGAUUCUGUUUAUUUUAGACAUAGUGCUGAACUUUCGAACUACUUUUGUGAGCACAUCGGGUCAGGUAGUGUAUGACGCUCGCUCCAUCUGCGUUCACUACGUCACCACCUGGCUCUUUGUGGAUCUCAUUGCUGCCCUUCCCUUUGACCUGCUAUACGCUUUCAACGUCAGCGUGUACUUUGGUGUCCACCUGUUAAAAACCGUUCGGCUGCUGAGGCUGCUGAGGCUGCUGCAGAAGUUGGAGCGUUACUCCCAGUACAGCGCCGUGGUUCUGACUCUGCUCAUGUCCAUGUUUGCUCUGCUGGCCCACUGGAUGGCCUGUGUCUGGUACUUUAUAGGCCGCAAGGAGAUUGAAGGUCCCGGUUCCUGGGAUGUUGGUUGGCUCCAUGAGCUGGCCAAGCGUCUUGGGACCCCCUACUUGAUGUCUCCCUUCUCAACACUGAUCCCAACUUCAGUCAGCAGCCUCCCGGCCAAUAGCAGCCAGUGGAACGUGUCGGGGUCAGAGGUCAGUGGGCAGACCUCUUGGAACUCCAGCCAGUACUAUGGAAACAUGUCAGGGGGUGAUGCGGUGACGGGGACAGGCACCGGGAGUGGAGGUAGUGGGGUUCUGGGCGGUGGUCCGUCAAUGCGCAGCAGCUAUGUGACGUCACUGUACUUUGCUCUGAGCAGUCUGACCAGUGUGGGGUUUGGAAAUGUGUCGGCCAACACAGACUCUGAGAAGAUCUUCUCCAUCUGCACCAUGCUCAUAGGAGCAUUGAUGCAUGCAGCGGUGUUUGGUAAUGUGACGGCCAUCAUCCAGAGAAUGUACUCACGGCGCUCACUGUACCACACCCGCACCAAGGACCUGAAGGACUUCAUCAGGGUUCAUCGACUACCCAAGGCCUUGGAGCAGCGUAUGUUGGAGUGUUUUCAGACAACAUGGUCGGUCAAUAAUGGAAUUGACGUUAGUGAGCUGCUAAAGGAUUUCCCGGAUGAACUGCGGGCCGACAUCGCCAUGCACCUGAACAAGGAGCUGCUUCAACUGCCUCUGUUCGAGUCUGCCAGCAGGGGUUGUCUGCGCUCCCUCUCCCUCAUCAUCAAGACCUCCUUCUGUGCUCCUGGCGAGUUCCUCAUUCGGCAGGGAGACGCUCUGCAGGCCAUCUACUUCGUCUGUUCAGGAUCCAUGGAGGUCCUUAAAGACAACACUGUGCUGGCCAUAUUAGGUAAAGGAGAUCUGAUUGGCUCGGACUCGCUCACUAAGGAACAGGUGAUUAAGACCAACGCCAAUGUGAAGGCCCUGACCUACUGUGACCUGCAGUACAUCAGCCUUAAGGGGCUCCGUGAGGUCCUUCGACUUUACCCUGAGUAUGCCCAGAAGUUCAUCAGUGAGAUACAACACGACCUCACGUACAAUCUGCGGGAGGGCCAUGGGGCUGAUGUGGACUGGGAAAGUAACGGUGGUUUGGUGAAGAAACUGCCCUCAAUCCAGGAGGAUGAGGAAGGGGAUGAGGAGCAGAAUUCAGUUUCCCGUGCCCCUCGCUCCCCGCUGCGCCUCAGCAGGGGGCUCAGCUCGCCUCUGCGCUCCCCUCUCUUGCCGCCUCGACCGUUUCGCCCCCCGCCUGAGCAUUCACGUCCCAACAGCUUACAGAUCCCAGUGGUCAGCUUCAAUAGUGCACCACCUGAACUGAGCCCCAGAUUUGUGGAUGGAAUAGAAACUGAGAGCAAUUCCAACUCGUCACAGAGGUUUGAGUUCAGCCCCAGUCUGUCACCUGCAGCCUCGCCAUCACCAUACCCAGGGACACGGGAACAGUCUGACAUCAAGCAGAGUGUGUCUAAACUGACUGAAGGGAUGAACAGUCUCUCCAAACAAGUCGCCCAGCUCAGUCAGGAGUUGCAGGAAAUUAUAUGUGUGCUCAAGCCCCUCCUCCAAACAGCACCGCAGCCACUCUUGAUGACCAUGAUGCCAAAUUUAACCCUGCCUCCCAGCAGUACCAGCCACCAAUCUCCAAGCACCUGUCUAGUGGUGCCACCCCCUGCCACAUCCAGCUCCCCACAGAGACCUGACACACAUUCCCUGUUGGACAGUGGAGUCACAGAGGGUGUGGAUUUGCCAGGAUGCCUUCUCCCGACCACUCAUUCACCAAAAAAGCCUAAUUCUUCACCACCACCCAAAACCAAAUCCCCAGGGAGUAACAUUACGAGUCCCGCCCUCUCCAACCUUCCCUUGGCUGAUGAGGGACCUUCAGUCCUUCAAAACCUCCACGUUUCGUCCUCUAAUGGGACAUUUCUGCCGUCUCUUCAGGACCAGCCUCUCCUGGCCUCUCACACUCCUUCACCCUCCCUCUCCUUCUCCAUGUCCCUCUCCUCCUCGCCAUCUCUUUCCCCCUGCCAAGGCCCCCACCCAUCCCGACCCAGCAGCUGUGCAAGCAGAGUCCUGUUCCCCCAAAUUCUCCCCCAUCGUCCUCGACUGUCCUCCCACUGCUCAGCUCCCCCGUCGCUCACGUCCUCCCCAGGGGACUGUAGGCUGAGGCCCUCCCCUUCCGUUCCCCUCAUAUCCCCUACUUUCCCUUGUCCCUCUACAUUCUCCCUGCCUGUUUCUUUAGACACUGGGAGGACAAGGCAGGGGGAUACUCAGACUCCGCCUUGGUGUAACUCUCUGCUGCGUCAAGGGGAAACCAGACCUGUCAGUCAGCCAGAGGAGAUGGAGAUGCAAGUGAGAGGAGGACUGAUAGACGAGACAAAGUCCUCCACAGAGCACAUCAGCUUCAUUGAUGAAGAGUGACGCCUUUAAAACUGACAUGAGUGAGAAAUAACAAGUAGUAGAGAAGGAAGGGGAUAGAGCAGGAUAUAAAAGAGAUUGGAUCAUGAAAUAUAAAGGCUGUAUGAUGGAGAAAGAUGCAACAGCGAGCAGCAUGAUGGUCCAUUUCUUAAAGGAUAUGUCAGAUGAUGCGUCGCAUAGUUAGAUCUGACGGACAGGAACACACCUGGGUGGAUGUGGCACCGACGAAUCAGUAAGAACUGGUCUUUUUUGCAAUGAUCAACCACAGAACUAUUAUAGAACACAAUUUUUUACAGUGUCAAGAGUCCAGUAGCACCAAUUGAUCCUUGCUAUUGGGAUGCAACAGGACCACAAAAUGUCUUUGUAAUACAGUAGGUCCCACCUCAGAGGUGAUGAUUUCUGGAGACAUAUUUAGCUUGUUCCAGCUAGCUGCACACACACUCACACACACACACACUUACACACCACUGCUAUCAAACCCCAGUAUGGAUGUCUCCUCUUCUACAAAGGGCAGGUAUUAACACACAUAUCUCAAUGGGAAACAUUGUUAAAUAACUCACAAGCACUGGGACUGGGAAUGUAAACUCCUCAUUCAGUCUCAAUCAUAUCAGGUCACCUCACUAGUUUGUUUCAUCAUUAUUUUGAAAUGGAUGUAAUAAUAAACCUCCAGGCUAAAAGAGGUCAAUACCCAGCUGACGUCAACCAUCCUCUUAAACUCAUAUCCAUACAUGUACGGUUUUAGUGAUUAUUAUUUUUACUGAUGUUUAUGUACACUAACUUUGCCUAAAUGCAUUAAGAUGACAAUUCUGCACAUUUCAGUUCAAUAUUCCUUACGUUACUUCAAGUUUCAUAGAAGACUGAAUCCCAGCUCUCAUUUGAUCAUAUUGCCAGAGGGUCAAAAAGUGUUAAUAAUUGUUGUUAAUAAUUCAAGCCAUUGCAUUUCAGUUGUGUAACUUGAGUCAAUCUCUCUGCAGGAUUUUUAUACAGUCCUUCCUGGAUCACUGUUCUGCUCAAAGAUCUGUUGUGAGUCACAGAUUCUUGGCUGAUGUUUUGACACAAAGUUUCCAAAACAUCCACAUAAUGCCAUCAGUUUUAUAAAGAGCAGAGUCCCUCUUGCAACAAAACAAACCCCACAUGACGCUGCCACUUCCAUACUUCACAGUUGGGUUGGUGUUUGGGUUAUAAAGACAAGUAUAUACUGUGUAUUUUGCCCCUCUGAGAAUGUGAUAAAUAGAAAUUGCUGUUACUUUUAAUGGAAGUAAAGGAAUAUAUGUUGAAUUGAAAUGUUACAAAAUUUAACUGAGUUUGAGUGCAUUUAACCAAAGUAUAUAUAGAUUUCCGACCUCAAAUGUAACACAAUCACAAAGAAUCAGUCAAUAUACAAUCUAUUAAUAUAUGAAGAUGUAAUGUUUGAUGUAUAAUUGAUUUUUAGACCUGAUAAAUCAGACAGCAUUUUCUUUCCCCUGUAAAAGGUUUCAAGUACACAUUAACAGAUAUGCUUUUGUUUGGGCAUAGACAGAAUAGUUUAGGCUAGUGAUUGGAUACUCUACCAAAGACAAAAGCCAAAUUUUUUGGAAAAAGGGGAUUACUGACAUCAAAAAUGGUGUCCAUCACUGUUUGUUGCCAUCAUUACUGUUUACAACCAGCCUACCAGAUUGUACAGCAAACUCCCAGAUAACUCCUGAGCUUUAGCCAUCCAACCAUUCGUGCCUUCUCCAUACCAAGACAAACAUCCCUAUGGUCCUUCACCUGUUAAACUAUAGGCAAGCAUUUGGAAUUCAAUUUAUUCAGAAAGCCAUCAGUGUCACCAACAGGGAACAUGUGCACCUUGAUCUAAAACAGCUAAGUUGCUCAUACCAUGUAUUUAUUUUUGAUGAAAGCAAUGAGGAAUUUGUGCACCAAAAGGUUCAACAGGAAAAAAAAAAAAAACAAAAAAACAAACAAAAAAAAAAAAGACUCCUACUUCAUUCACAGGACACUGGAUCUUUUGUGUAGCCUUCCCAAUUCUUAUGUAGCACACACACAAAGCACUUCUUGAACACCUAUUUACCAUCACCAUUUAAACUACUUUUGCCAACAGUUGAAGUGCUUACAGCAGUCUAAUUCUAAACCUUUAUAGCCAGGCUGCAUCAGUAUGGAGGUCUUAAGGCUUCUGUACAAUCAUUUUUGUGGUGUUGAGAUGCCGCUUUGUGCAGCAUGGGUCCACCAGACAUUACUUGUAAUAUAGACACUCAGAUUUCCGGUUUCUAUUUUCUGUAAUAUGAGUACUUCAAGGGACUACUCAAAGUCUUUACACACCAAAAUACAAAGAUUCGCUGAGCAGAAUUCUCAUCCAUGUCUGUGGAGUUCUGAUCCUGUGGGUUACUUUGGGGGGGUGGGGUGGGUGUAUUGGGUACAAAAAGGGGUUUUAAAUCAAAUGCAUGUCAGAUUUCUUGCAUGAGGAACGUGCCUGCUAUUGCAAUGUUGGGGGGGCUGAAAGCUACGGGAACAGACAAACUUCCUGCCCUAUUGUUGGUUGUUGAGUUUCAGAUGUAUUUUAUUAAAGACUGCUGUUACAUAAAAAUUUACCAGGAUUACAUACUGUACAACAAUAAAAAGUGUUGUUUUCUAAGAUCUCAGACUCCUGUGCCAAUCCUAUGAGCUGUGGUCUGUCAGUCAACUAGUGAGAGUCCACUGCAACUGCAGCCAACAAAGUAACAGAACAGUUACUAAAACUAAUGAGACAUUAGCACUUCUUGAAGUAACCCCACAAUCUUGUCUUUAUCCAGUUUACUAAGUGAAAUAAAACUCUCAAGUUAAACAGGAUUUUUCCUAACUGAGAAAUAAGACACAACACAUAAUAUCCUUCUUCAGGUCUGCAUAUAUUUUCAAUAGUAACAUUCAUUCUAUCAGAGCUUCAGGAAGGUUUGAAAUGUCAGAUAACAACACUCAAGAAAUAUCCUGACAGGAGAAGAAAUAAUAUAUUAGAGGGAUAAAACACGAUGUAGCUCUUUACUCUGUUGCUAUAGAUGCACUUAGUGCCUUACCCUGCAGGGACCAGUCUCAAAUUGUCUUUUAUCCUCAAAUCUACUCUGUCCUUGUUUGGUUCUCAAACACACUGAAGAAAAUAAACGCUGGAGCUUGGAAAAAUUUCACUUAUCCCUUUUGACAAGCAGAAAUAGAAGGGUGCUGCAAAGAAUUCAGAAAAAAUGAGAACAUUUAGUUGUAUUCAGUAGAAGUGUGAGGAUACAUGCAUCCUCCGGUGUACACUGUGCACUCAUGCCUGUUAAUUAGAUACCAGGUAGGUCAGAGUAAGUACUAUCAACUCUGAAACUACAUUUCCCAUUGGGAUUAUAAGCACAAAUUGACAGAAGUGACAGGCUCCAGUGUACGUAGAACCACAACAGUGAAGAAAAAAAAAAAAAAAGGAAAUUAUAUUUCUUCAACCUAUUCAUCCCUAUAGACCAUGUUCAGUCAAAUACAUAGUUGCAUCGGACCACAGUGGAUUCACUCUACUGUGCCAAGAAUCAUGGAUAAAAGAGGAUGAAUGAAACCCAACAGAGGGUCAGGGGAAAAUAAAAAUCCAAAAAUAUAUAUUUAUGUUUAUAUUUAUAUAUAUUUAUAUAUUUACGAGGUAUGUAUCCACAAAAAGAAAACACCCAAAUUUUCAAAAUAGGCAGUCUGUGUUUUUCCAAAUAUGUCCUUAUUUGUGACACCUUAAGGAAACAUUAAUUAAUUAAAAAUUAAAAAAAUAAAACCAGAAGGCUUUGCUGUCCAACAACUUGGCUCUUAUCAGACCAUGAAGUCCGAGUCUCUGAAAGCUGAGUCUCCUCUACCGGGAGUCCAAAAGCACCAAGGCUUCCUGCCGACAGGGCUGCUGCACUCA